AUGGUGAGCUGUCCACCUGAAAGUAGUAAUCAAGAGAACAGCAGAUCUAGAGAGUGUGAAGGGGGUACCUUUGGUUUGGAUUGUCUUCAGCAAUGUCAUUGUUCUCCAGAGGCCUGUGAGAAGGAGAGGGGUAUUUGCACGGGACAAUGCCUUGAUAGCUGGUUUGGACCCUACUGUCAAAGUCUGCCAGUCAUAGAGAAAGCACCAGUGAUAGUGAGCACCACGUCAACUACAGUAGGUCUUCGAUGGGAUGCAUGGUCUGAAGAAGAUGACAUAGGUGAUCAUCCUCUGAUAGGAUAUGAUGUCUUUGUAAAGAAGGAUGGUGACUGGGUAAUGGAUCAGAGAGUAGACCAACUCACAACAUCAGCCAUCGUUAGUAACCUGACACCCGACACCGAUUACAGUUUUUGUGUAGCAGCAGUGAGAGAAGGAACAGGUGGAACAGGACCUUUAUCUCCGAGGAACAACACAAUAACUCUCUGUACAAAACCCAGUGCCUCUCCAAGUGGACUACAUGUGGCAGCCAUCAACACUAAAGAGCUUGAGGUGACAUGGGAGCACCUCCCCUCGGAAUUGGCAGAAUGCAGGAGUGGUGUGACUCAUUAUAUGAUCUACUACGCUUCCACUGGGUCAACUUCUUUAAACUCUGUCAUGGUUCCUAAUGACACAAGCUCCUACACGUUAAGAGGGUUGGAAACCUAUCUGGACUAUUCCAUUCAAAUGACUGCUUCAAAUAAAGACGAGGAGAGUGACAGGAGCAGUGAGACCAUCGGCAAAACACUUGAAGAAGUUGCACCUAGUCCUAUCAAUGUGGCUAUUACGCAGAGUACUACGCACUCCUUCACUGUAUCUUGGUAUACCCCUCUACCAUCUAACAUCAAUGGUAACAUCCAGAAGUAUAUCAUCCGCUACAAGAGAACUGAUCCAGCUGGUGAUGGCAAUUAUAAGAUGGAGGAAGUAUUGACUGGUGCAUUUGAUGGAGAAUAUACUGUGAUGGACCAGGCUAGUAAAAUCAGCUAUACAGUUCAGGUCCAAACUGUCAAUGGAGCUGGUUCAAGUAAUUGGUCCGAACCAGUGAAUGCAAAGACCAUCCUCUUAGGUGAUGAUAAUGUUACCAGGGUACCACUAGGGGCUGUCAUAGGGGGUGUGAUAGUACCCCUCGCUUUCAUCGUUAUACUAAUAUUUACUGUGGUGAUGUAUAGAAGGAUCAAACAAAGACGUUUAAAUGCUGAACCAGCCGCGUCGCCACCAAAUUCUGCUCAUGAGACCUCUUCGAAGUAUGGGAACUCUGCUUAUGAUGACUCGGACACCCAUACAUACCAAGAUCUCAAUAUAGACACACCGAACAUCCAGAAUCUUACCGACGCACAUACCUAUCAAGAUCUUAAGAAACCAAACAUCAACGUUAUCUAUCAAAAUGUCACAGAAUCAGACCCGGGAAAUACUUACGAAGAUACAGUUUAG